AUGGAUUAUACAAAAGUUGGGAACGAUAAUUGGGAAAGAUUGGAAAAAUCGACAGAACAUUUGAAUUAUGUUCUUUUUGGAUAUGAAUCUUCGCUCAAACAGAUUGAUACUUUCAAAAAUACAAUAAUCAAAUUACGAAACGAUGAUAGCGAAAUAAUUGAACAACUUGAACAUCGAAUCGGAAUAUAUUCGAAGAAAAAAUUGAUGGAAAAUAUAAACAAAGAGACGAGUGAGAAAUUGAAAGAGGUUUCAAGUGAAAUACAAAACACUUUGAGAAAAACAUCGAUUGCGGAAAAAGGAAAAAUUGGAUAUGAUGAUUUGAAUAAGAAAUUGAAAAUAUUGCACAAACAAAUCGAUGAUAUUGAAAAACUAAAAGAUGUAACUAUAAUGUUGCAAGAAUUGGAUAGCGAAAGACAUAUGUUUGAAUAUAUGAUGAAAAAAGUUGAUGAAAUUCGCGAAAGACAUGGUGAAAUGGAAAUUGCGAAAACAAUUUAUCAAUGUGUUCAAAAAUCAAAUGAUCCUUUGAAAUGUGUUUAUGUUCUACCAAUUUUGUUAGUUACAUUAAUGUAUGAUACACAUACUUGUCCAUAUUAUUUUAAAUUUAUCAAAAAUAUUUAUGAACAAGUCAUCCAAUUGUUGCACAAAAUCGAACAAGAGGUUUGUUUUUUAUCGGUUUUUUGAUAGAUGGAAAAAUAAAUACGUUGUUUGCAGAGACGCCCUGGUACUCUUCCCCGUUUUGGUGCAAACUCGAAACGAGGUGUUAUUUCUCCUGGAAUUCGUUCAUACGAUACAAAACAGAAAAUCAAAAUCAAACAAUUACCAACGGUUAGUUACUGUAGACGCGCACGUUCUGUGCACUUUCUGCAAACACCACACAAACAUACUUCAUUUUACGACACUAUUUUAUUUUAUUUUUGAAAUUUUCAAAUCGAAGUUAAAUUUUAAAAUUUUAACAGAAGCAAUCACCAUGCACAUUAUCACAUGGAGAAACAAUGGCUCCAAUUGAAUUGGUUGCUCCUGUUGCCAAAGAUAGCCAGCUCAAUUUGGUGAGAAAAAUCUAGCUAAUUAAAAUUAUAAAUAUUAAUUUCAGGAUUCGAGUGAUAAUCCAACUUCUGCUUUGAAUAAUGGUGAAACAGCACUCGUUAAUCAAACAGAUCAACCAAUUGCAAAAGACAGUGUAGCGAGUUUUGAAGAUAGAAUCCGAGAUUAUGAACAAUAA